AUGCCAGAAGACAACACUUCGUCCGCAUCACUUGAUCAUGAGAAAAAGACUGUUCCAUCUGAAGAUAAUGUAGUUCAAGCACAACACGAUCUACUCGAUGCACUAAGCACAGCCGUAACUGACGUCAUUCAAGAACGUUCUGAGGUAGAUGAGAUUGAUAUACCAGCCAUGAGCCAUGCUGAAUUGACUGAUGUUGCGUUCAACCAUGGCCUUUUGGAUGAUGAGCAAACACGACGUUUCAUCGAUUUUAUGUCACUAUCAAGUAAUUUCGUCUCGGCUUCUAUGACAAAACGGCUCAAAAUGAUUCCACAACUUGUGUACAGUAUCGCAAAACUUCUUGCCGAUAUGCGUCGAGAAAUGGGUCAGUACAGCGAAAUUGCCAAUCAUUUCGAGAUGCUCACGAGUGAGUUUGGUGAACUCGUUCUUACCACACAGCACAAUAUGGCCAUGCUACUGCCACAUCUUAGCGAAGCACGCGAGCACAUUGACGUACUCACAAAUGCAUUACAACCAUCUUCGUCUGAAGCUCCUUUAAGUUCUACCGAUCAAACAGAUGUAAAUCUGGCUUUGAAGGAGCUGGCCGAAGGAGUUCGUGCUAUGAUAAAAAACGCACGUGUUGACCAACGCCAUAGUCAUGAACUUGAUCAGCGUCUGAAGGAAUUCCAAGUAAUAGUCGCUGCUAAAAGUGAUACUGCUCAGCGUCGCGUUAACUUUGCUCAAUACUUUUACUUUUUGGGCCCAGCAUUAUCAAGCGCUCUUGGCGGUGCUCUUGCAGAACUCGCAUGUGAGCAAGGUGCUUUGCGUAGCGUCUCGUUCGUUUCAAGUACAGGUGGCGCUUCAGCUCUCAUCACAGCCCAUCCGAUUAUUGGCGGUUUAAUGCUCGGAGGUGGCUUGGCAAUCUCUGUCGUUGCCAUAGUUCACCACUUGUGGACACGACAUCAGAAAAACGCAAUUGUAUUUCUCACCACUAUUUGUGAUCAGCUAGUCAAAUUAUCUGCCGCUAAUCGGUCUCUGAUGAAGGAGCUGAAUAGAUUUGAAGAAGCCGCUUACGAUAUGUCGGUGAAAGUCGAUCAAAUUGCACGAACAAUCACCAGCAGUAGUGCGCAAUAUCGAGCCAAAAACGCACGCGUAUGCUAA